GUCAGAAAUCCAAAACAAACAGCAGAGUGGAACGAUUAUGCGUUUUUCACAGUUGCGGUGCUUUUUACGCUUUUGAGGAAAAUGUAGUGCGAGUGGUACAAAUCUUCAAAGAACGGUUAACUUUAUUUCAAAGUGGAAUGUGACAAUUGUAAAUAUCAAGUUGAUGUUGAUUAUUGCAUGAUGAAUAUCGGACGUCUUAAGUUAAAACCCAGAGGGAGUUCAGGGAGCAAAACCAACAGCUCCCGAUCAAUCACCGAGGGAUCCACCAGUUCGCCACGGUUUGCAGUGUCACAAAAAUCCGAUGUUGGUAAAUCAUCGACGACAGACAAUGGUGGUGCAAUAGUACAACCCAGCCGUUCGGAGCAGUCGGUUCGCUUUAACUUGGAGGACGAAAUCAUCGGUAGCCUCAGCGCAAGCAGUGCCAGUGAAGCAAGUAGCGGCACCAACCAUGAGGACAGUUUAGAGAUUAUGGAAGAGAUAGAAGCGCAGGACGAUGGCAGUAAACACGAUGGGAAUCUCUCCAGCAGUAUAUCGGAGAAAAUAUCGAUGAAUCUCGAGAAGACUGGACAAGCAUCCGGUGUUCAGAAAACGGCAGACGCCAGGAAAAGAACUUUGUUUGAUUUUGAGGACAAGCAAGACGAAUUGUUCCUCGGUGGCGUUGCAAAUAGGUCAAACUUUGAUAUAGAUGAUUUACAACUAUCGGGAGACGAAAUUGCUCAACACUUUCAAUCGCACGGCUCUGACGAUGAUCCAAAGGAUGAUAUUUUUAGUGUGAAAUUUAGCAGAAGAAGAAAAUUGCUACAGCAGAAUCACGAUGUUGACUCACUGGAGCAAAUAUUGAAUGACAUAGGUUCUUCGGAGGGGGAAGACGAAGUGAAACAAGAAGUGAAAUCAAGUGUGUCUGAAGAGAAAAAAUCAAGUGCAAGCAUAGCUUCUGAAAAGCAGUCGGCUAAUCGGCUAAAGGAAUUAUCUCCGUUGAAUGAAGAUGAUGUGUUAAUCAACAAUAAUAAAGUGAAUUUGCACUCGCUGAAGAAACCCCAUAAGCAAUCAAAUGUACAAGAUAACAGUGGUGAUAACAGUUUGAACACAACUAAUGAUAUUUCGGAGUUGGCCCGUGAUACGGAAAGUGAACGCAUAAUGAGUGAUAAUUACGAUCGAAGUUCGCGAAGCGAAAGCUCUUCCAACAAACAAGAUGACAAUUAUGAAAAGCGUUCUCCCCGAAGCACAUUGCAGCCGCUGUCAAGAAGCAAAAGUGUGGAAGCAGAGCAGUGUUCGAAAGAAAAUGUGAAGCCGACGUUCGCCAGCCUCGGUGAUGUGGAGAUGAGUGAUGCUGCGGCAUCAUCAGAUCAGCAUAAUCGCAGUGUUGAGGAGGAUAAUUCCAUCGAGGAACUGAUAAUGUCGAAUCAUUCGAUCGAAAUAUCGGUCGGCGCACUUGGCGCUGGCAUAGUUGCAGAGGACAUCACUGAGUCCAACAUAAAUCAGUUGAGUCGAGCCGAGCACCCGGAAGAGGAGAGCUCGAGUGAUAGUAAUUCGUCGGGCGAUUUAAAAGAGAAAGUUAUGACAUCUAGUAAAUCGUUCGAAGAAGCAAAAUCACAGCAUGAGCUGGAGAUUAUGUGCGAUAAGCUGGAAGACAAUGAAACCGUUGGCAGUAAACAGAUGGAAAAAGUGACGGAGUUCAAAGAACCGUUAGAGGAUAUUUCGGAAGAAUCAGAACAAACGCUUCAUAAUUCAAAUCAUUCGCAUGAAAGAACGGAUACAGAGGGUGAAAGAUCCAAAUCGUUCAUUGUGAUUGAAAAGGGCAAAGAAAUACGUAAGAUACUGGAAGAGAAGGUUCUACAAAAGCAACUUAGCAUAAGCAGUACAAUAUACGAAGACAAUAAAGAAAAUAUAUCAGAUUCUUUGCCACCGAAUAAAUCACUUGACCUAGAUAGUGUUGUUAGUUUAAACUUGUUCAAAGCGAUGGAAAACGAGAUAAAAAAAUUACACGAAACCAUUGCCGUGAAAGAUGUGAUGUUGGAGAGUCUGUCGAGAAGAGAUUCAUUGAAAGAGGUUCGGGCAGAUUCGUUAAAAGAUCCACAACGAUCGAGUGAUUCGAACAGCAUAGCUACCAAUUCAACUGAAUACAGACCGCUCAACGAACAAAGCGCAUCGACUAAGGAUUUGCACGACCGAAUAGCCGAGCAAAAUGGAUGGAUAGAGAUACUCGCUGACAAACUUCGAGAGACUAUCGAUGAUCGGGACCGAUUACACAAGGAAGGCUUGAACUUGGGGGCGGAGAUUGAACAGUUAAAAAAACAGGUUGCUGAAAACGUCGAAGUGAUAAAGCAUAAACCACACUGGAUGCGGGAUCAGGAAAGUACCGGUCAGAGAAUCUCGGAAAUAUCCAUCGAUCUAGUCAGUGAAACCGAUGAAGCACUGUCCGAUUUCCCCGAUAUGUACGAGGCAAGAUCGAACAGGAAUUCGCGAGAAAGACAGCUAGAUAUUAAUUUGGAAGUGGACUACUCUGAACAGAACCCGCUCCAUAUUCCCAUCACUAUGUCCAAUCAAGUGGAACAAUUCAGGAAAUAUCUAUCCCCCGACGAGCUUAGAUUGUUCAACAUGGUGCAAAGGAAAUUUGACGAUUUCUUGAAACAGGAACUGGACAAUCUGUCGGAAAAACACGAAGAUGAAGUUAAAAUACUCCAGGAACGAUUGGAGUUGCAAAAAACCGAACGUGAAAGCGAAGUUAGUCGUCUCCGACAAAUGCUGGCCAACGUCAAAAGCGGAUCGACAGAAGUCGUGGAGCUACGCAAUGAGAUGGAGGCGCGCCAUACUCAAGAAAUGGAUGAUCUGCGCCAAUUUUUCGAGAAAAAAUGUGCCGAACUGGAGAAGCAGUAUUCGGAAGAGGUAUUCUCGCAGCAAAGUCGACGAUUGUCGAACGACACGGCGACAGACAUUUCGGAUCAGGAAGAUUUCCCUGAAGAGAACGGUGGAUAUCAAUCGAAGCCCUGCAGUCCAAAGCGCAAGCUGAAGGAUGAAAUUUAUCAAAGCCCAACGCACCGGAAGAUUACUCCAACGACAGUCGAUACAACGGAUGGAAGUGCUGAUGAGGUUUUGGCGGUCGAAUCGGCUCUUGCCAAGGAACCUGAUACAAGCAUGGAAGGACUUCGUAGUUUCUACCAAAACAAAAUAAAAGACUCGAAUCGAAAGCACGAAGUCGAAAUCAAUCGGUUGCGAGAAAGACUGAAACAAUAUGAAGAUAAUGACACCAACGAAGAAUUUAUUUCAAAUAACGAAACCACCCUCACGAGCCAAUCUGCAUCCCAUCUGAUAACACAAGUAGUAGCGUCACAGAGUGCAGUGCAGCCGGACAGUACCGCAUCCCAACCCGGUGUUGUGUUACUAACAGAAAAAAGCACCGAUACCAUCACCACCACCACUAACAUUACAACGGUGGAUAUUGGUACCGAGCCGAGCGAUGAUCUGCACGAGAUAAUCGCUGACUACGAGCGACGUUUGAAGGAACAAGUUGCGCUCGCCCGGCAGGAUGUUCUGCGGGAGCUGGAGGUGCAGAUACAGACUCUGCUAUCUGACUCGGCUACAGAGGACAGCGACUGGCCCGCAGAAUUUGUGUUGCUCAGAGAAAAAUUCACUGCCAAAAGCCAACUGGAAAUUGCUCAACUUCAGAUUAAACAUGAAGAAGAGAUGGCCCGAAUAAAAGCCGACUUUGAGAAGCAGCUACAGUGGAAAUUGAAGCGUCAGACAACGUUCGACUCGGCACGUGAUUUCGACAAAAUCAUCAGCGAAAGGGACAAUCUUCGGGAGCUUUCGUCAACACUGCGGAACAUACUCGGUGAACUGGUGAAAUAUGUUUCGAAUUGUGAAGAAGAUUUGAACAACACAUUUAUCGGCGAGCUACAAAAGCACGGAAUUGUGUCCUGCGCUGGAGAGGAAACACUGGAGACUUCCUUGUUGGAUAUGAAUGCUUCGACUGUGUUAACAUUGUCACCGAAGAAGAUUGUAAAGUUCGCACCAGAUGUGUCUGGUUUGAUGACUGCUAUCGAGGAUCCUUCCUUGCUCGAGUUUAUUUCGAAGGAAAACAUUGGUGGAAAUCAGUCGGCUAAUUUGGACGAUUGUUUGGAGCGGUUAAGGCUCGAGGCGACACAGAUUUUGAAGUUGUCUGAAAAGCUUGCCAAACAAACCCUAUCCAAAGACGAAGAUUUGGACAAAGUUUCGGUGAAGAGUGACAGUUGUGAGGAGGAAGACGGUUUAAAACGUGCGUUUAAUAGAAAAGAGGUUACGAACACUCGUUCGCUUGAUGACAACAUGGUUCGGGAAAGUAGCGGCCCUACCGAGAAUCAACAAGUCAAGGCUUGUAGCCUUCCAACUGAUUUGGGAGCUAUUCAAUCGAGCAGUGAGUUGAAUAUUCAACUGCAUGAAUUGCGGAAUCGGCUGUUGAAAUCGGAAGAUGAGAAACGUUGUUUGAAAAGUGAGCUAGAUGAAGUGCUAAGUAAACAUAGUAGUUUGGUAGUUGAGCUGAGCGAAACUAAACAACACUUGUUGGAGUUGAACACUCAGAGGGUUGAAUUCAGCGAGGGAUACGGCACGAAUGUAUUGAUGCCAUGCGUCCAGUGGUCGAGCAAUAGUUUUUUCGAGUUACAGGAAAGGGCUAAGCACAUUUUGGGUAGUGCCAAUCUUGAUUCCUCGAUUGACCAGAGUGCCAAUUUACUACAACUAGUCGAAGAUUUCUGUCGAGAAGGAGAACGUUAUAUGGAAGAUGAAAAGCGUGAUAAAACGGAUCUUCAGUCGCAAAAAGUUACUGAUAACAGUAACGAUUCCGUCAGUAAGAUCGAGGCUGCCGACAAGCAACUGAAAGCCACUCGACAGUUUCUCGAGGAGCAAGCCGCUGAACGGGAACUGGAACGUGAUGAGUUUGUGAAAGAAAUCCAAAGGCUCAAGUCACAGUUGCGAGAGAAAGACAAGGACAAGGUGAACUUUGAGCGUGUCACGAAAGAGGAAGGAUUAUUGUGUGGCAGUUGUAGUUGUGAUAUCGAUAAUCGGGAGAUUAUUGAAAAACUGGAAUCAGUGGAGCAACAAAGCAAGGAGUUUUCCACUCAGCUCACUGAGAAAGACGAUAAAAUAAGGAAACUUGAAAUUGACCUCAAGGAUUCGAUCGACAAAGGCUUUACGCUCAGAGAAAUCAUUACCGAGCUUGAGACCCAGAUCGAAAGCAAAACAAUCAACGAGCACGUUUUGGAUGUCAAGAUCAAGGAGCUAGAGAAUUACAUCGACGCUCAGAAUCGCCAGAAUGAAUCGCUUCACCACGAGGUUGAGAGCAUCAGGACCGACAUCGCCGUUCGGGGGUACGAGGACAAGAUCGCCAAGCUGGAGGAGGAACUGCAACGAACUCGACCCAGUGUUGAGCAUAGUUUGGUGCUGGAAGCGUUGACGGCCCAACUACGUGACAUCGAGGAAACGCUCGACAAGAAAGCCAGAAAUCUCGAAACGCUACAUUCCAAUUCGGCCGCAUCGCUCGUGUGUAGCAGUCCUUCCGAGGACGUCUCCGUGAAUCACGAGAGUCCUUUGCACAAGAAAAAGAUCAACGAGAAUGGCAAUGCAGGUCAACCUCUGCCACCACUGCCUGUGGAUGAAGUGCAGCGUAUUUUCGAUAAACUCCAUCGUCACACACGGAUCGAAGAGGUCGCAAUCAAGCGUAUAAACGAUCUGGAGAUGCAAAUCGGUGGUUUGCGUGGCAGUUUUGCGGAGUUACAGCAUGAACGCGAUGUGCUGCAGGAGAGGAUGUCCGAGCAAUCGCUCAAAAUUACAACGCUACAAUCGAAGCUGGACGAGCAGCGAUUGCGAGCCGAAGAGCUUCAUCGUCAAGGUACAUCGCACCUGACGGUGAAAGUACACGAUUUGCAGAAUGAGUUAGUCAAUCUCAAGGAAACACUUCAGACCCGCGACAAGCAGAUUGCCAGUCUGAAGAACUUUCUCGAGAACAGCCAGCAGGUUAUCGAGCGCCAGGAGAAGGAACUCGCCAUCAAUCAGGCCAACAACGAUCGCAGCCAGUAUGAGCUGAAGCUGGAAGCGGAUCUGCGUGCCAAGUGUGACGAGAUACAGCAGCUCAAGAGUAAAAUACAAAAUGAAAUGAUCAAUAAGGUGGCGUUGCCGGAUCUCAUGGAAACAAUGUUGGCGGACAAAAACGACGAGAUAGAUCAGUUGAAGGAAAAGCUCAACGAGUUGCAAACACAGCAGCACAAAUCUCAACCUAUUUUGCUCAGUCACGGCAAAGAAGAUGACAACGCGCGGACUUUGAGCGACAUCGUCUCAAUUACCGACUGCGACGAAUCCGAUAUGGUGAUGCGACGUAUGCCCGAACAGGGUGAAAGGUUUCUACCAGCCAACAGCAUUCCGAUGAUGUUCUGGACAGAUUUGUGUGUCUUGACGAUUAAGGAAACUUCUAGCACCAUGUUUCACUCAAAGGAAGCACCACAGACGUCAGCGGGCAUUCACCACCCUUCCGCCAACGCAUCCGGAUCGCCACAUCUGCCAAAACCGUCACUUUUCCCACCAAGUUUCGAGGCUCCGUUCUUCCAAAACUUUUCCGCUGCCUUCGCCCGGCCAACUUCAUCCGCUGGUGCGAGUAGUGGAGGAGGCACGCCGGAGUUUUUGCCCAGGCAAAUAAAUUUCUCCGUGGUGGAUGAUUCCAGAUCGACGGAGUCACGUAGCUACGUCAGGGAACCGGCCUUCAUUGAAGAGAUACAGGAUGAGGUAGAGGAGGUAGUGCCAGUGAAACGCGGCGGCGAAAGUGGUGUAGCGCGUCUAUCGGACAUAUCGGAAAAUGCAAUCGAAGAAGACAGAGGUAAGCUUGAGAAUGAGCUUGAAUCGUUGAAGCUAGCUUUAGAUAGGGUCACCAACGAGAAGAAUGAAUCGCUGAAACGUCUGCAGGCAGAUAUUCAGAACAAAAUAGAUCUAAUAUCCGAUAUACAGGUAGAGCUAGCUGCUAGAAAUAAGCUCUACGAAGAUUUGUUGCAAGAGAAAAAGGAUAUUAGGGAAGAGUUGGAAAAUGUGAAAGUUAGCUUGCGAGAACUUGAAUGUGAGGCAGAAAAGUUUAAGAAGAAGGAGGUGGAAUUGCAAGAGGCGGUUGGACAGAUUGCUCAGAAGGAAGAAGAGAUAGCUGAAGUGAAGCUUCUUUACGCAAAACUUUGUGAUCAGGUGCAACAACAGACCAAAGAGAACGAAUUGCUGAAGUCAGAACAACAGAAGAACGUGCUUCUGUUGGACACAUUGAAGCAGCAAGUCGAAUCGUUAAAUAAAACCAUUGGUCACAAAGAUGAGCUUUUGACUAAAUUGGAAAAAGAUAUUUUAAAUUAUAGCAAAAAUGAAGAAAAGUAUCUCGAGCAGUUGAAAUCGCUGGACGCCAAAGAAACUGAACUGAAAAUUAUGCAAGGUAACUACAAAGAUCGCUUGCAUGAAAUUCAGAUCUUGAACGAGGAUAAUCGCUUUUUGAACGAGGACAUAAAUCGGUUGAAGAAUGAGAUAGCAAGAAGUUCGUCUUCGAAUCCAACGUCGAAUCCUUCAUACGUUCAGUUUCUGAAGCAAAAUUGCGAAAAGUUCGAGGAAGAGCUUCGGGAGACAAAAGUUAUGCUUACUGAAAAGAUGCUAUCGCUCGAACGGGUCAAGAUUGAUCUGGCCAGCUGUCAGAAUGAAGCUGAGCUGUUGAAGAAUCAGUUGAAGGAAAAAGAAAUGGUUAUCGCGCAAAUUGGUGAUGAUGGAAACAGUUUACACGAGGCGUUAUCGAACAUUCAAAACAAAAUGCAGGAAAACAAUAAUAACCUGAACAAAAAACUUCGAGAGGAGCAGCUUCGGAACGAAGCCCUUCAGGCGGAGGUCGACUCGUUGAAGACUCAGAUUCAAAGAAGUGACAAUUCGUCCAGUCCGAAGCCUUUUUCGGUUGAAGAAAUCGCCGAGCAGUUAGAGAAAGAGCUAAACUAUUCUGCCCAACUGGAUUCGAGUAUAAUGAAGGCGAUUGAGAGUGAUGACCUGAAUUCGGAAGACGAAAACGAGAACCCAGAAACAAAAGCAGUAGGUGAGGAUCAAAAUGACGGAAAAAAGUUGGAAGAAUUGACGCAACUGCUGCACAUGGAAUUGCAGAAAAGUGCCAAACUGCUCGAAGAAGAAAAACAAAAUUCCAACGCGAUUCAGUUGCAAGACGCCGACAUAAUUGAGGCGAUGCGUUUGAGUCUGGAAGCUGCGAUUGAAAAUGAGAGUAAGUUGCAAAAUCUUCUGGCGGAAGAGAAGCGGAAGAAUGAGCGGCUGUCGACUCUGAUGGCUGGUGUCCAACGGACAAAAUCUUUCGAUAACUACUUGCUGAUGAAUCGCGUCAAUUCUCCUCAAGAAUCUCCCACCAGAAGACUCAAUCGAAGUAAUGAAUUUGAGUCUGAAAUGGUAGCACGGUUUGAAAGCGAGAUUAAAUUUUUGACCGCCCAAAACGAUAGGGAACGUGAGCGAACCACCGAUUUGCAGCGUGUUUUGGAAAGGGAAAGGAAUCGCUUUGAAAAAGAGAUUGCUGAUAGGAACGAACAUGGGGAACAGGUGAAGAAAGAACUGAUGAGAAUUACGAAGGAGAAAGACCGUCUCGAAGUUGAGUUUGAUCACGAGCAAGAAAAGUUAAUACUGGCUCACAAAGAAAUAGAGAGUUUGGAAAAAAGAAUCAGCGCUUUGCAGGAGGCGGAGUCGAUGCGUUCAAUUCGCAGAGAGCGAUUGUCCGGUUAUAACUCGCUCGAAUCUCAAGAACUUCAGUCGCGCCUUGAACUCGUAGAAAGAGAGCGUAAACAGUUGCAGGACACCGUCCAAAAUCUCAAGGCCGAAUUAGAGCGCCGUAAACAUCGUGAAGCAAAACUGACCGAAGCUCUGAGCCGGGAAAACUCAUUGUUUGAAAGUGGACAGGGGUCUGUACCAGAAGAAUUUUUGACGAAAUUAAAAGAUUUAAACAGAAUGUUGGAGGCGAAUGCACGAGAGAACCAUCACCAAGCUGAGACUCUUCGAAACAUGAUGGAAGAACGCAAAGCACUGCAACUAAGAAUUCAAGAACUGGAACGACAUAGUAUUCAUGGAACCGUGCACCGUUACAAUCGUGAUGAUCUCGAAGAACGCGCCAAUCACUUGUUUGGCAAAUAUCUCCGAUCGGAAAGUCACCGGAAGGCUCUGGUUCAUCAAAAGCGUUACCUGCAAAUUGUACUGUCUUCGUACGAGGAAAACGAGUCGAAAGCACUUCAGUUGCUCAGCGCCCAGACCUCAUCACCGCAUCUACAGGGGCUACCGCUCGCAUGCAUAAAACAAGAGCGCGCAGACGAUCUCCGCAAGAAGCGCAGAUCAUUCCGAGCCGUUGUAAACGCUGUUAUCGCUAUCGAACGGAUGAAGUUCAUCGUUCGAAAGUGGCAGGGUGGACAGCGAGCAUGUGCGAAGGCAAUCUUUUCCCAGCAAUUCACUCCCAGGCGGACACAAUCCGCGAGUACCAACGUGUGGACUCGAUCACCAAACUCGCACUUUGUGGAAUACAAUGCGUCUCCAUCUUCUCGAGAUCGGACCGCAUUUCACCAUCACCACCACCAACAACAACAACAUCAACAACAGCCCGUUCAAAGUUAUUCCGGUCAUUUCAUGGGAUUGCCGGAGGCCCAGGAACUGCGGGACAAAUUCGAUCAGCAGUAUAGUCGUUUAGUUGGUAAUCGGUAGGAUAAACCUUCUCUCAUUUUAUGGUUAUGACAACACAGCUUAGUUUAUUUUCUUUUUAAGAGACAAAAGUAUUAAUUUGUAUAAUAUAUGGUUUACUUUUUCUAGUCAUAUUUUCAUGACUCUCUCUUACGGUUUAGUUGGUGAAACUGAAGCUAAGGUAGUUUGACAAAGUAGAAAAAUAAAUCAAGCUGUCGUUAUCUGUUACGAUAGUGAGAAUACAAUUCAUAACAACAAUGAUGUUUCAAUAGUGCCUUAUAAAUUCACGCAAAUUUCCACAAACCUUACCUAGAAUGAACAAAUUCUAACAAACACAUACAUCGCAUAAUAGCUACUAUAUUACAAGGGUUAGGAAUCAGGAUAUUAACCAGAGCUCGCAUGGAAUCGACAAUGUGUAUUAUCUUAAUUAUAACCUAAAUUUAACGCAGACUCUGCAUCAAUCAACGUUUUGUUUUGUCUUAAAUUUCAUGAUAGAAUUUUCUGAGAUUCGAUUUAUUUUCACGAUCAGAUGACAUGCAAUUUGCCUCUAAAUUGCGUGGAGAUUGAUCCCAGAUGUACAGUGAUUAUAUUAACUGAGCUAGUUCGAUAAAUAUUUUAGAAAUUCAACACAACUAUGAAUAUAAAUUAUUA